AUGAUCUACAGCAUCUUUACCAUCCCGCUGGUUGCCGUCCUGAAGCUGCUGGGCGUUAUCAGGAGGCAGGAAUACCGCUUCGAGGACAUGCGGGGCAAGGUAGUGGUAGUGACAGGCUCGAGCUCUGGGGUAGGGUUGUGUACUGCAGCCAGUCUGCAUGCGAGUGGAGCGACGGUGAUCAUGGCGUGUCGGUCAGUGGAGCGAGGAGAGCGAGCGAAGAAGGAAAUCCUUGAGGACUGGGAGAGACGAGGAGGAGGAGGAGGAGGAGGAGGAGGAAGAGGAGGAAGAGGAGGAGGAGGCAGUCUGGUGGCUGAUGUCGGGCUCGAACCGCACCAUGGCGGACAGUUGAUCGUGAAGGAGCUGGACACUUCGGACUUUGACAGCGUGAGGAGCUUUACAGCAGACAUGAAGGAGAGUUUCAGCGAGCUGCACGUGCUAGUAAACAACGCGGGGACCAACGGGAAAGACGCCUCGACCCCCCAGCUGUCCAAGCAGGGGAGAGACUAUGUCUUUGAGACGAACUUCGUAGGACACUUCCUCCUGACCCUGUGCCUAGAGGGGAUGCUAAGGAGAGCCCGGGGCCGGGUAGUCAACCUUUCGUCCGUCAUGCACCACUGGGGAACUAAAGAUGUGACUCGGACCCUUAAGUCAGCGAGGAGGAAGAACAGCUACAGGGACUCGAAGCUUGCUAUGCUGCACUUCACCGCAGAGAUCAGCAGGAGGUGGAAGGGGGACGUCGCUGCUAUCGCUGUCAACCCUGGGUUCGUGUCAAGUGACAUCUGGCGAGGAGUUUCACGGCAGGGAGUCAAAGGAUGGCUGUUUGACCGCUUCCUCUCCUUCCUCGCUCUCUGUCCAGCUGAAGGCUGCGCUACCUCUGUUGUUGCUGCUGCCAUGCAGCUGAACAGCAAGGAAGAGGGGAAGGCCGGAGGGGGGCAAGCUUCCAGGAAGAAGGAGAUACAGAGGACGAGGCAUGAAUGCUUGUACCUUGUGCCUUACGUUCUUCCUGCGGGGAUCAGGUUGCCUUUUGAGGUCAUGGGGCCGUUCAUGCAUCCGAGGUGGGCGACACCUAGGCUACCUGCUGGGGAAGUUGAGAUUUCGUCACGUUUUUGGGAGAUGUGCGAAGAGGUCACGGGGAUGAAAGGCUAG